AUGGACUUCGUCCGCCAAAACGAGCUCGACCCCGGCGACGUCAUCGACGUCUACUUCUUCCGGCUUCCGUUCGCAGAGGAAGGCGACACCGCCGCUAGGGUGGGCCUGGUCAUCUGCUCUCGAGUCCCCGAGGAGGAGGAGGAGAGGCGGCGGCGAGACGGCCCGGAGGCGAGGAAGUGGCGGCGCGAGGAGAAGGGGAACCAGAUGAGGAAGCACAAGCGGCGCAGGUGUUAG